ACAGGGAGCCGGGCGGAAGUGGGGCAGGGAGCCGGGCGGAAGUGGGGCAGCGGCGCCGCGGGACGGAGCGGGGGCCAUGGAGGAUCCUGGCCCCGGCCCCGACCCCGGCCCCGGCCCCGGCCCCGGCCCGACCGCCGAGAGCCUGGCGGAGCUGAGCCCCCCGGGGCUGGAAGGGGACGCCCACCGCGGUGCCUACACGGCUUUCAUGAAAUCCCACCGCUGCUACGACCUGAUCCCCACCAGCUCCAAACUGGUCGUCUUCGACACGUCCCUGCAGGUGAAGAAGGCGUUCUUCGCCCUGGUCACCAACGGCGUCCGGGCGGCCCCGCUCUGGGACAGCAAGAAGCAAAGUUUCGUAGGAAUGCUGACCAUCACCGACUUCAUCAACAUCCUGCAUCGCUACUACAAGUCGCCCAUGGUGCAGAUCUACGAGCUGGAGGAGCACAAAAUAGAGACGUGGAGAGAGGUUUAUCUGCAGGACUCCUUCAAGCCCCUGGUCUGCAUCUCCCCCAACGCCAGCCUCUUCGACGCCGUGUCCUCCCUGAUCCGCAACAAGAUCCAUCGUCUGCCCGUCAUCGACCCCGACUCGGGGAACACCCUCUACAUCCUCACCCACAAACGCAUCCUCAAGUUCCUCAAGCUCUUUAUCGCAGAGGUGCCCAAGCCCGAGUUCAUGGCGCGGACGUUGGCGGAGCUGCAGAUCGGCACCUACAGCAACAUCGCCGUGGUGGGCACGGGCACCCCCAUCUACGUGGCCCUGGGCAUCUUCGUGCAGCAGCGCGUCUCCGCGCUGCCCGUGGUGGAUGACUCGGGGCGGGUGGUGGACAUCUACUCCAAAUUCGAUGUUAUUAACCUGGCAGCUGAGAAGACCUACAACAACCUGGACGUGACGGUGACGCGGGCGCUGCAGCACCGCUCCCACUACUUCGAGGGCGUCCUCAAGUGUUACAAGCACGAGACGCUGGAAACCAUCAUCAACCGCCUGGUGGAGGCCGAGGUUCACCGGCUGGUGGUGGUGGAUGAGAGCGACGUGGUCAAAGGGAUCGUCUCCCUCUCAGACAUCCUGCAAGCCCUGGUCCUCCCACAGGGCCCCUGAGGUGGUGGUGGGGGGGUUAAUUCCUCCCCUGGAGCCCCCCACUCUGCUCUCCUGCCACACUGUGCCCCCCCGGGCUGGCGGAGGCACCCGGGGUUGGACCCCACUCACCAGCAGCAUCCAGCAAUAACUCCCAGCCCUGGGGCAGCCCCCGCUGCCCUUCCCUGGGUGGGGGGAGCCCACGGUCCCCCCUGCACCUCAAGGCCGUGCAAGGUGCUGGGGGCAGCCCCCGACCCCCCUGGGGUCACCCACCUCCGUGCCAGGGCUGUUCCCAGUGCGGACCCUCGUCCCCAUCACCCUGCCCACCCCGGCCCCCCCCCAGGGUUUCACUGGCUUUGGUGAAACCCCCUCAGCUCUAUCUGGCCCAGGGACCCCCCCCCCAGCCCCAGGGGUUCCCCCCAGGCCCCCCCCAGGUCUCUCGGCCACAUCCCCACCUGCCACCGCUUCGUGUGUGGAGAAACCCCACCAAUAAACACAGACCUGGCACCA